GUCUUUCAAAACGCCAACGCUAAUCUCUUACGCCCGAUGCCAACUGUGGAAGUUUGAAAAAUUUACCAUAGUCAUUUGCUCAAAAAAUAAAAGUUGACAAUUUGGGGGUAAAAACUCUGCCGUGAUUGGCUCAAGUAUCUCUCUCUUCCUCUGUGGCAAUCUGUUAUAGAGUCCAAUUCACCCAUUCUUCCAUUUCCAUCUUACUUUCCAGCUCCAGGGAUUGAAGUUAUCAUCAAUAAAUUGUUUAGAUCUAUGCUCAUAAUUCAGACCCUGAAACAGGUUAAGGUUUGAGGAUGGAAGGCACUCAAGGCAAUGAAGGCACUAUAUUCACCCCUGCUUUAGAAAAAAUGGAACACAUAAAAUCAGAGAAUGGAGAAAUGCUUACCGAACCAUUCUUAGAAGUUUGCAAGCUGAUCUUGCCUGUUAUCGACAAGUUUGGUGCAGCCAUGGCAAUUGUGAAAACUGAUAUUGGUGGAAAUAUAAAGAGGCUGGAGGAAAAUUUCAAAAAAGAUCCUAAGAAGUAUGCGGCUUUACAUAGCAUUGUAAAAGAAGAAGUUGAAGCAAAGACAGCAACCGGUUCAUCUAGUUGCACUAAUGGCCUUCUUUGGUUAACCAGGGCAAUGGAUUUCUUAGUGAAACUGUUCCGGAAUUUAUUAGAUCAUGCCGAAUGGACUAUGACAGAAGCUUGCCAAAAUUCAUAUUCCGAAACACUGAAAAAAUUUCAUGGCUGGUUUGCUAGUUCGGCUUUUACGGUUGCAAUGAAGCUUGCUCCCGAGAGGAAAAAAUUUAUGGAAGUCAUUGGUGGGACUGCUGCUGUUAAUAAUAUCGACAUUGAGAACUUCUGCAAAACAUUUUCACCCUUCCUCGAAGAGAACCACACAUUUUUGAAGAGUGUUAAAAUGAAUGAACUUAAAGCCUGAAAGAUAGAGAGAGAGAGAUGCUUAUUAUUUUACCAGUAAUACCACACAGGUCUACAAAGAGCCAUUAAUGCACACUGAUGGAUCAAAGCAGAGUCUGCCUCUUUUUUUCACCCUGUUUAUGUUGUUCCUUUUUUUUUUGCAUUAUGUUCUUGUUACUAUAUAUGGAAUCUAUAUGGAGUACUCCGUAUAAAAUACUCCUUUCCAAAAUGAAGUUGUCUGUUUAUU